AUGGGAAAAGUUGUUUGGACCCCAGAGAACGAUCGAAAGCUGUUGAUCCGUUUAAUCGACAAAUCUGCCAAAUCAUAUAACAGCGAGGCUCUUUGGGCGACUCCUAAAGCCAUCGAAGAAAGGAUCGCCAAGCUCAAGCGUGAAGCAAAAGCCCUAGACUCAAGAUGCGCUGUCCAACCUUCCGCUCCACACAAGCCAAAGGGCAACUACUAUACUGCUCCACCGGUUCCGGGACACCCUUAUGGAUUCAAAAGAAAUCUUGCCCAAACGCAGGGUGACGAAGACCAAGAGGGUGGGAAGCCAGCGGGUGGGAAGGGAACAAAGAAGGCGAAGACGGUAAAGAAGAAGCCACAGGAUGCAAAUGAGACUGGCGAGAAGCUAGAUGGUGCAAAUGCGAAAUCCGAAGGCGACUAUGCUGGAGAUGAUAACGACGAUGACGACGACGAUAAGCCAUUGAGUGCUUCUAUCAAUCGUGGCAUCAAUGGGGUCCGAAUUUCGGGGGAAGCCAAAACAGAUGGUGCUGCUGCUGCCUAG